UUUCGAUUAUUCCUUUCACUCAUUCCCAUGAUCAUCACCAUCACCAAUAUCAGGCCUACUCAUCAAGCCGGUGAGUAUUUAUUUGAAAUCAACGGUGAGUAUUCAUUUGAAAGCAACAUCUGUUCUAAAAGCACCUUCAACGGCACCUUCGGCAAAAACCUCAAUCAUCUCUUCUCCUCCCUCCUCUCUUCAAUCAACGCCACCACGUCCACCGGGUUUUACAACUCCUCGUACGGAGAAAUCCCUGACAAAGUUUACGCAAUCGGAUUCUGUAGAGGAGAUCUCAAGCCCCCUGCCUGCGCUGCUUGUCUUGCCGCCUCCACCGCCCUUAUUGUCAAAAACGCUUGCCCUGAUGCAAAGGAUGGAGGUGUAGGCUCCAUAAAUUGCACGCUACGUUACUCCAACAUCUCCAUUAGUGGCAUCAGAGUAGAAGCACCAGCUAUAUCUGGCUAUAGCCAUGGUGACAAUAUCUCAUCAUCCUCAAGGUUUGAUUUUAAUCAAAGGCUCACCACAUUAUUCGAAACAUUAAGAAGUAAAGCCGCGGCGGGUAGUGUUCUUAAAUUUGCUGUUGGGCACUCAAACGCUCCGGUUAGUUCUGGUAUAACGAUAUACGGACUUGCGCAGUGCAGUCCAGACUUAUCGGAAACAGACUGCAGUGUUUGCAUAAGUAAGGGUUUGGAGCAGCUCCCAUCAUGUUGUUAUAAAUCUUGGAGUUAUGUUGGUGCCAGCUGUAGCUUAAGGUAUGAUCCUGACCUCUUCUACGACCCCGCAACUGAUCCGACACCACUGCCUCCGCCAUCACCACCGCCAGCCACUACCACAAGUAAUUCUGGAGGAAUCGAAAGUGGCACAUCUCGAAUGGUCAUGAUCACUACUCUUGUGCCAGUCGUGGUUUCCAUGUUUCUAAUUGUAUCUCAUUCUCUAUCCAAUGAUCUGGUAUACUUUUUGGUUCAGUUUGUUUGA